CAUAGACGUGAAUGGGAAAAGUGACACAACCUCAUCGUUUCCCUCCAGGAGACGAGUGUAAACCGCAGCCCACGAACUAUCACCAGUGUACACAGGCGGCAGCUGUAGUACAGGACGGAGGGGAACAGCAGGCCACUCACACACACCACUGGAGCUGUCAGCGAGCGGAAGAGUUAAGUCCGUGGGCGUGUUCUUACAGCAGCCAAACUCCGCCCUUGUUAUCGCCACGCCCAUUCCACAGCCCUUCACCCAAUCAGCGUCAAGCAAAGGAAAUGCGGGAAAAUCUAAACACAAUAAAACCGAGAAAAGAAGGGGCGUCCUGCCUUAUAAGGCGAUGUGCGCGCAUGCGCAGAACGUCACCUCGGGCCGCCGGGUUCCAAAUUGGAAUGCGGCCCCAGAGAUAGAGCGGAGGAGACAGGAGCCGCCGCACUCCGCCCCGACUCCCCGGACCAGUGAGCGCCCCGAAUCCCCCGUGCUCCCGGAACACUGCUGGAUGCUCUGAGCACCGGAGUAUGCUAGGACAGCAGCAACCGCCGCCGCCACAGGCGUUCUACUACUCGCAGGGCGGCAGCAGCGGGGUGGAGGACAGUCAGCUGGUCUCCUAUGUGGAGGAUUAUCUGGAGUGCAUCGAGUCUCUGCCCCUGGAGAUCCAGAGAACCGUCACCCUGCUGCGGGAGAUCGACACCAAGUACCGAGAAGCAUUAAAGGAGAUCGAUGAGGUCUACGAGAAGCAUUCAAAUGAAAGUGACCCCAGCCAAAAGAAACGCCUGCUGCAGCAACUUCAGCGAGCGCUGAUUGUCACCCAGGAGCUGGGGGACGAUAAGAUACAGUUGGUCACCCAAGUAUUUGAGUUGGUAGAAAACCGGACCAAGCAGAUUGAUGCCGUGUGCAAGGGCUUUGCCGACCCAGACGAAAAUGAAAAAUCUACCGAAAAGACAAAAGCCGACUCCGCUUCUUUAGAGCGCUCUACUCGGCGACCUCGCAGGCAGCGCAACAGUGAGAGUAGGGACUUGUGUCAUAUGGUCAAUGGGGCAGAUGACCUUGAUGAGCCACCUAAAGAGAAGAAGCCCAAGUCUUCUAAGAAGAAGAAGAGAACCAAACACAAGCAGGAAAGGGACAUGUCUCCUAUUCCCUUUCCCAUCGAUCCCAACGAGCCGACGUACUGCUUGUGUAACCAAGUGUCCUACGGGGAGAUGAUAGGGUGCGAUAACGAAGAGUGUGCCAUAGAGUGGUUCCAUUUCUCCUGUGUUGGACUGACCUACAAACCAAAGGGCAAGUGGUAUUGUCCUGACUGCAGAGGAGACAAUGAAAAAACAAUGAGCAAAAAUACAGAAAAAACAAAGAGGGACAGAAGGUCUAGAUAGCACGGGAUUUUUUUUUUUUUUUUUUGUAUAGUCUGUUUUUGCCUCUUUGUAUGUUUUAGGUAACGUGGACACAUUUUUAAUAGUAUUGUAAUAUUAAAAGCUGUUUGGGUUGUGACUAGUCUUAUUUCCAGCAAGUGCGGCUGACUUAUUUUUUUCACUGUACCAGCAGAAAGCCUAGAGAACUGUUUGAUUCCGUUUUGUAGCCAUUGCAGUAGUGUAGAGCACUUCUAUAAUGCUCUUCGCUUGUAAUCAGGAGAGCACACGACUUCAGGAUCCUUCCUAUCACUUGCCGUGGACUGCAGGAGUAUAAAGCACAUUGAAUAUGUUUGAAAAGAUUGUAGAGAUUUCUUACGGCGUAGCAGUCUGGCAAUAGUUAAUUUUCCAGAAAUGUUACACCUCUGCUUAAAGGACAGAUUAGUUUGCCAUGGCAGUAUUCAGUCACUGAAAGUGAUUUUACAGAUGUGGGAAGUUGUCACAUGUGGCUUGAAGUACAUCAAAAGCAUUUUUUUUAAUUGUCCCAGUAAAUAUGAAAUGAAACAUAAAGCAACUUUGCUAUAGGUUGAACUUUAAAAUUUCCAACCGUUUUGUGUAUGCAGUUCCUGCGCAGACUGAAUCUCCAUGGUAACAGACGGCAAACUUUCCAUGUAGUAUUUCAGUUUCUGGCUAGGUUCACAUGGCAAAACCUGCAGUGGCAAAUGGUCUUUUUGGUGUCAGUUAUGUCAUUUUGUGGUGUUUUAGUGAGUUUGUACAAGUGUUUUAACCUCCUAACUGCUCAUAUUUGGAUUGGUAGCAGCUAGUUGUAGGGACGUUGUCUUGUUUGAAAGCUUGCAUUUCAAGCUUUUAAACAAUACCAGUAUCACAGCAUUAUUUUCACUACAGUGGAUAUCGCCCGCUGCUGUUGUGCUAAUGCUGUGAUUCUCAUCUUGUAUGAAUGCUUGGACUGCCACAUAGGCAUGUCUCUUCUGCUACCAAUCCAGAGAUAUUAACAGCGGAAGCAGCCCCACCCCUCGCUGCCCGAGCUGUGCUUAGGCAGAACGGUUAGGUGGUUAAAGGGAAUGUGUCAUCAGAAAACGACCUAUUGUUUAAAAGUUUUUUCAAAGACUUACUGAUGACCUAUCCAUGGGAUAGGUCUUCAGUAUGUUAUGUAUCUGAUUGUUGGGGUCUGACACCCGGGACAUCAGCUGUUUGCGAAGGCACCAGUGCUCCUGUGAGUACCGUGGCCUUCUCUGUUCUUACCAAGCAUGGCACUGGACAUGGUAUAGCGGCUGUGCUCGGCCCCAUUUACAUGUCCUGUUAAUGUGUUUUCACUGGCCUAGGAAAAGCUGUGAGCGCUGCAGCCUUCUAAAACAGCUGAUAGAUUGGGGUCCCGGCCCUUCACCGAUCAGAUACUGAUGACCUAUCCUCAGGUUAACACAAAACAUAAAGGGGACGGCAGCAUCUUCAGUGUAUUCCUUUUAUUGGACAAACCUUACAGAAAUGUCAAAGCCAGACAGC